CCAACCCAUAACCCUAGCCAUAUAAGCUUCCGUAUUCGGCCUCUCCAAGCGCCAAACCAGGGGAAAUCGUAGGAAAGCAACGAAGAAAACAAAGGAUAAACGGAAAAAAUUCAAAGCAUUGUAGCAGGACGGACGAGAACCCGGACAAGCGGUGAUUUUUGGAGCAGAAGAGGUGUAAAGGAAAGUGGUGAUGGCGGUGCAUGAAGAUGGGAGAGCUUCUGAGAAGAGAUUGGAUGAAGAUGGCAAUGAUAUGCCAAUCUUCAAUGCUGAGAAUUUUCAGAGCAACAUUAAAUCGAUCUACUAUAGUCGUACCUUCUUGUCUAUCAUUGGUGGAGUGGUUGCUGGAAUUUGGGGAUUUACUGGCUUGAUGGGCUUCAUUUUUUAUUUCUUGAUUAUGACAACUGCUUCUUUAGGAUUUGCUGCAAAGGCAAAAUUUUCAAUCCACAAAUACUUUGAUAGUUGGAACAGAAUUGUACUUGAUGGAUUCCUGGGCGGCCUUAUGUCGUUCGUGCUGUUCUGGACGAUCUUUGACAAUUUUCAGAUUUGCUUAUGACAUUGUUCAUAUAUUCUGAGCAAGGGGAACUUGUAGGAGCUUGUGGUUGUGCUCAAAGGUCAUGCAGAGCGGAUGAUAUUUAUCAAAUAAGCCCUCUGGCUUAUUUUUUUUAUGUAUUACCUUUUCUUUCAUGAGCAAAAUCCUCAUUUUCUCUGAUGUAUUCUUAGAGGCACAGAUGUCUUCCAUGCAUACUUUGUUUCACGUAAGUCUAUAAUGACUGGAUACAUAAUGACUAGAUACAGUACUUCAACUUUUCAGUUGCAAGAUUCAUUUUUUAAUAUUUUCAUUUUUGCUUUCACUUGAAGGGUGAUGCAGAGUUGAUGUCUUCUUGUUGAAACUCAGCAUCGGUGAUUGAAAACUUUGUCUUUUUAUUGAAAGCGUAGAUUAUUGAAACUUAGUGUGACA